CUAUGGGUUCUACAUCGUGGAGCUCUGGAGUUACACACCGUUAACUAUCGAUCAACUGCUGUCGCUGUAUCAACAUUCAACAGUAAUUUGACUAGCAGUAGACACUGUACUUUAUAGCUUGAUUUUUACCAAUGUCAAAAGAACGGAAUAUACAUGUGCAUAUCCACGACAGAAGAUAGACUUGCAAUUUGAACCACAAUGGUUGUUCUCAAAGUCAUUUGAUAUUGCAAAGUGAUGGGAAAUAUUUCUAUUUAAAAAGAAAAAUGGCUGAAGAGUCCUGUCCCGUGGCCCUGUCUGAGCUGUGUCUGGCCCAGGUGUGUCUCAGCCUGGACUCCCUCUGCAGUACGCAACCAGAUGGCUCCCUGAGGCUCAGCUGGGCCCCACUGCUCCCACAGGAAAUGGCGGAUCAGCUACUGCACAAGAUGGCUGCCCAGGGCACGCUAAACGACAGAACAGUCGGUAUCUUCCGCAGCUGUGAACAACUCCGUCUGCGCAGAGCUUGUGUCCGCUCCUCCCCCCUCUCUGCAGAGGCCUUCCGUCUGGCCCUCUGCCCUCAUCGGCUGCAGGAGCUGGAUGCUUCUGGGGUCCCUGGGGGCCUCACUGGUGCCCACAUCCUCUCAGGCCUGGCCUCCAACCCGGAGUGCAGAGCCAGCCUGCAGAGGCUCACACUGAGCAGGCUCCAGUUGGGCUGGAUGUCCCUGGAGGUGAAGGAAGAGCAGGUAGGCUUCAGCUCUCUGCAGGGCCUGAGGACACUUAACCUGGCCAACACAGACCUCACAGACCCCUUCCUGGAGGACAUCUGUACUCUCCCACAGCUAGAGGUCCUGGACAUCUCCAGCACCCUCGUCACGGAGCUGAGCGCCCUGCUGGGUUGCCGGCUUACCCUGAGAUCCCUGACUGCCCACGGGCUGAGGCAGCUGGACAUGUCACCCGCCAGAGUGAUCUCCAUCCUUAGCCAGCUCCACGUCCUCAGGCACCUGGACCUCUCUGACGACCGCUUCGUCUCUGCACCACCAUCCGCAGAGAAUGACGAAGGGGGGGAGGGGGAUGAAGCAGUGAGGCUGCUUCUUGAGGGGGGUUCUGGGAUUCUCCCAGCACUUGUGUCUCUGGAUGUGUCUGGAAGGAAGAAGGUGACUGAAGGGGCGGUCACUGCCUUCGUCGAGGGGAGGAGAGGGCUUUUGUUCCUGGGGCUUCUGGCUACUGGGGCUGGCUCCUGUGACGUUCUGUCUGGGAAGAAUAACUUAAAGGUGACCGGCGAGGCCAAUGAGAAGCAGAUCUGUGAAUCUCUGAGGAGGUACAGAGAGAGAGAGUGUUUCACACGCGAGGCCCUGGUCCAUCUCUACCAGCUGACUAACGACAUGUACGACCAGACCAGACCAGACAUCCUGAAGCUGGUGUUGGGAGGGAUGCAGAACUACUCAGAGUCUCUCCAUGUCCAGCUGGUGGCCUCAGCCUGUGUCUUCAACCUGACCAAUCAAGACAUGGCUGUGGGCAUGCCCCACCCCCUGCUCAGCGCAGUUGUGCAUCAGGUGCUGGAAGCCAUGAGAAGCUUCCCCAGCCACCAACAGUUACAGAAGAACUGCCUGCUGGUGCUCUGCAGUGACACCAUCCUUCAGGACGUCCCUUUUGACAGGUUCGAAGCAGCCAAGCUGGUGAUGAACUGGCUCAGCGGUCACGUGGACCGGACCCUGCAGAGGAUGGCUGUGGCCGUCAUCUCCAUACUAGUGGCCAAACUGUCUACAGAGCAGACCACACAGCUGGGGGCAGAUAUAUUUAUUAUGAAGCAGCUGCUGGGUAUAGUGCAACAGAAAGCCAUGGCAGGAGUAGUGGACUCCACUCUGAAGUUUGCCCUGAGUGCUCUGUGGAACCUGACUGAUGAGACACCCACUGCCUCGCGACACUUCAUCCAGUGUCAGGGCCUGGAGCUGUACGAGGAGGUGCUGGAGACCUACUCUUCUGAAUCUUCUAUACAGCAGAAAGUUCUAGGUCUUCUGAACAACAUAGCAGAGGUGGAAGAGCUGCAGGCAGACAUGAUGCAGGAGGACCUGUUGGAGCAUGUAGUGACCCUGCUCGAGGGGCCCCAGGUGGAGGUGGGGGUCAGCUACUUUGCUGGGGGCAUCCUGGCCCACCUUACCUCCAGACAGGAUGCAUGGACCCUAGACCAGGGGCUCCGACAAACCAUACUGGAACAGCUGCAUGCUGCCAUACUGACCUGGGCCCUCCCUGAGCGUGAGAUGGUGUCCUACAGGUCGUUUCGGCCGUUCUUCUCCUUGCUUCAGACCUCUCAGCCUUCUGGAGUGCAGCUAUGGGCUGUCUGGGCUAUGCAUCUCGUCUGCACUCAGAACGGUGAGGGUGUGCAGUACUGCCAUAUGCUCCAGGUGGAGGGGGCAGUGGAACUCCUAAAGACAUUGUCCUCUGACCUUGACACCCACAGCAAUGUCAGAGGGAUGGCAGAGAGCAUCCUGGGUAUGGUGGAGCGCCACCAGACCACCAGCAAUCCCCUGAGAACACAGACAGAAAAGGGACAUCAUGGGAGGUCAUGAUGGAUCUGUGACCCUUGACCCCUUAGUCACAGGUGUGUUAAAAUAUGAAUGGGAUCUGACAUCUCUUUCUGUGUACAGUAUACUAUAUGUGUUUUUUAGUAGUUGCAUUGGUGGGAAUUAGGAAAAUAAAUAUUAAUAUAUUUGUUAAAUGCUCAGAAAGACACUUUUUGACAUCAGACUCCUCAAUACCUAGCUGUAGAAAUCAUUUUUUAACAACAACAUUCUAAAAGAUCACUGGAGUUGUUCUAGAAGUAUGUGACCUGGAUAGUUGCUGCUUUUAAAAAGAAUAGCAGAGCUAUUUUUAGUCGAUAAUUAAAACAACUUUCAAAAGAGACUAGAAUAAUCAGCUCUCCUAAUUAAACAGGAAUGUAACAACAAACGGGUGUACUGUGUGUGUUUGGAGUUUAAAAUCCAAUCUGUCACCAGAGGGCUCUGAGGUGCUGUGUAUAUACCGAUGAUGUAUAUAAACCCUGGAUUGCUGAUACAACAUUUGCGUAACAAGUCACAAUGAGGUGCAUGGACUCAUUCUGUUUACAAGAAUAGUGUUUAACAUUAUUUUUGAAUGACUACAUCAUCUCUGUGCCCCACACAUACAAAUAUCUGUACGGUCCCUCAGUCAAGGAGUGAAUUUCACACAGUUUCAACCACAAAGACCAGGGAGGUUUUCCAAUGCCUCUCAAAGAAGGGCACCUAUUGGUAAAAAAAAAAAGCAGACAUUGAAUCUACCUUUGAGCAUGGUGAAGUUAUUAAUUACACUUUGGAUGAUGUAUCAAUACACCCAGUCACCACACAUAUACAGGCGUUCCUUCCUAACUCAGUUACUGGAGAGGAAGGAAACCGCUCAGGGAUUUUACCAUGAGGCCAAUGGUGACUUUAAAACAGUUAGCGUUGAAUGGCUGUGAUAGGAGAAAACUGAGGAUGGAUCAACAACAUUGUAGUUACUCCACAAUAUCAACCUAAAUGACAGAGUGAAAAGAAGGAAGCUUGUACAGAAUAAAUAUAUUCUAAAACAUGCAUCCUGUUUGCAAUAAGGCAGUAAAGUAAAAAUGUUGCAUGGAAAUGAACUUUGUCCUGAAUUAAAAGCAUUAUGUUCGGGGCAAAUCCAACACAACACUGAGUACCAUUAUUCAUAUAUUCAAGCAUGGUGGUGGCUGCAUCAUGUUAUGGGUAUGAUUGUCAUUGGCAAGGAUGAAAAUAAAUGGAAUAGAGCUAAGCACAUGCAAAAUCCGAAAGGAAAACUUGUUUCAGUUUGCUCUCCAACAGACAUUCACCUUUCAGCAUGAUAAUAACCCGAAAACAAGGCAAAAUACACAGGAGUUUCUUACCAAGACGACAUUGAAUGUUCUUGUGUGGCCUAGUUACAGUUUUGACUUCAAAUCUAUGGCAAGACUUGAAAAUGGCUCUCUAGCAGUGAACAACCAACUUGGGAGAGCUUGAAGAACGUAAAAAAGAAUGUGCAAAUAUUGUACAGUCCAGGUGUGCAAAGCUGUUAGAGAAAAAAGCAUCACAGCUGUA